GCCCCGUGCCAAGUCCCACCGGCGGGCCCAGGCCCAGAAGCGGAGGAUGGCGCAGCCGCAGCCAUGGACCCCCCAGCCGCCUGUCCCCGAGUUCGUUGCUCGGCGCGGUACAGGGUACCGCCAUCGCGUGCGGAGAUGGCCGACUUCGAAGCUGACCCAGCGCAGCUUCAAGUUGGUCACUCCUGCCCUGCAGCCGGACCAGAAGAUGGUGUUCGUCGUGGGAGACUCCCACCUGCGGGCCCUGGUGGAUGGGAUCGUCGCGAUGCCGGAGGUACCUCUGUGUUUCUCUUUUCUCUCUGUUCCAGGUGCGCAUGCAGCAGAGCUGAGGAAGGAGGUGUCCCACGCCGCUCUCCCCUGGACCCCGGACGUGGUGUGUGUGCUCGCCCCGAGCAACAACCUGACAGCCAGCAGGAACAUCGGAGAGGCGUCGCUGGACUUCGGUGCUCUCCUGGCUACAGUUUGCAACCGCUGGGCGAAGGUGUUCGUGCUGGAUUUCCCUCCACGCCUGAACAUCGAGCCUGGCCUGCAGGAGCUGUUCCGCCAGGAGUUCCGCCGUGUCGCAGCACGCAUGGGUCUCCCAUACGUGUCUGUGGCAGAGCACCUCCCUCUGGACCGUUUGGAGCUGUGGAGCCGUGACGGUGUGCACCUCAGCGACAGCGAUGGAACGCCGAUCCUCGUCCAGGCCCUGUGGGACGCCGCGGUCCGCCAGCUGACUCCUCCUCCUCCUCCUCCUCCCUCGGUGCCCCCCCGGACAUCGCCUCGUGCCAGGGUCUCCCCCGUGCUGGUCGUGACGGGACACAGCCCCGCGGCUCGUCACCGCAACCCACUGGAGUGGACCGUCGUCGGACAGGAGGGCAAGAUUCGAGCAUCUCCGGUGCAAGAGUCUGUCCUCCCGUCCAACCCCGUCUGGUUCAGCGGCGACAUCCUGGAUGCCAUGGAGAGGGUUUCGCCAUCCUCGGACUGCAGCGUCACUUCCCUUCUGCCAGCUGGCCAGUGUGUGUGUGUGAAUGGUUGUGAGUUUUUCUGAGUGCGUGCUGUGUCUUUUUGA